GCCUGGCUGAGCGUGGCCCUCCUUGGCAGGUGGGGCAGGAGACCCGGCGGUGCCCCGUGCUGCAGCCCCUUGAGAAGCGAUGACGGAAUAUAAGCUUGUGGUGGUGGGCGCUGGUGGCGUGGGGAAGAGCGCCCUGACCAUCCAGUUGAUCCAGAACCACUUUGUGGAUGAGUACGACCCCACCAUCGAGGACUCGUACCGAAAGCAGGUGGUCAUUGAUGGGGAGACCUGCCUGCUAGACAUCCUGGACACGGCAGGCCAGGAGGAGUACAGCGCCAUGCGGGACCAGUAUAUGCGCACCGGGGAGGGCUUCCUCUGCGUGUUUGCCAUCAACAACACCAAGUCUUUUGAGGACAUCCAUCAGUACAGAGAGCAGAUCAAGCGGGUGAAGGACUCAGACGACGUGCCCAUGGUGCUGGUGGGGAACAAGUGUGACUUGGCUGCGCGCACCGUGGAAUCCCGGCAGGCUCAGGACCUGGCCCGCAGCUACGGCAUCCCCUACAUCGAGACGUCGGCCAAGACGCGGCAGGGCAGCCGCUCUGGCUUUGGCUCCAGCUCCGGGACCCUCUGGGACCCCCCGGGACCCAUGGGACCCAGCGGCCCCUCGCGCCGGCGUGGAGGACGCCUUCUACACGCUGGUGCGCGAGAUCCGGCAGCACAAGCUGCGGAAGCUGAACCCGCCGGACGAGAGCGGCCCGGGCUGCAUGAGCUGCAAGUGCGUGCUCUCCUGACCCAGGUGAGGGGCGCCGGCAGGCGGGCUCCCGGCCCGCGAGCUGGCGCGUCCGCUCUGCUACCGGCUCCCGGCCCCACUGGACCCCUGGCCUGCGGUCAGCGGCGUCCUUUGUGCCCCCAGCGCAGGCCUAGGAUCCGAGGCGCCGGACGCAGCAGGAGGCACAGACGGAAGGAAGGAGGAGGGAGGGAAGGAAGGAAGGAAGGAAGGGGCCGCCGGAGCCCGGCCACCCAGGGACGGUGGACAGAGGCGGCUGCAGACCCUCCAGGGACGCUUUGCACGGACUGUCAUGAACUGUCCCCAACGCCACCGGAACCCCAGCCCUCGGCUCCCCUCCCAGCCCUCUGGGGGCCCCUGUCGGGCGCAGGUUGAACCACAGUAAAUUAUUGGAUGGUCUUGGC